AUGUUUGAUUGUACUAGUCAAGUGCCAGACUUGCCAGACUGCGUCUUAUCUUACAUCUUCACAAAGUUAUCCAUGAAAGAUUUAUUGAAAACUAGUAUACUCUCUAAGAGAUGGCGUAAUCUUUGGACUUUAAGGAGAGAUCUUUACUUUGAUGUCUUCAAUGUCCUUGAAAACACUGAGGAGGAGCUAAUACAAAAGGGGUAUCUUAUUGAUGUCCCUUUACCUAAUAUUUAUGGUUCUACCAUGGAGAGAGCGCUCAAUUGGGAUACUAGUGAUUUAUUUGUAAAACGAGUUGAUCAAUUUCUCAAGCAUUCUAAUGCCACAACUAUUGAUUCUUUCUUGGUCAACUUCUAUUUAGGUUCUCAACAACAAAGCACUAUUGAUGAAUGGAUAAGUUUUCUAAUUAAAAGAGGGAUUCAAAGAAUAGAUUUACUCUUUAGUGUAACUUCCCUUCCAUUUACACUUUCCACCUAUCUAUGCAGACCUUGUCAAUUUCCCCUCCAUUUAUUUUCAGAGACUACGGCUUCAACUCUGAAGCAUCUGCGUCUUGAAUAUUGUCUUCUUUUCCAUCCAACUAAUUAUGACUUCACUUCAUUCAAAAACUUGAGUUUCCUUUCACUAAAAACGUUAAGAGCGGAUGCAUCUUUUAUUGAAAGUUUAUUAUCUAAUUGUAAACAACUUGAAGAGCUUCACUUAAUUGAAUGUGAUUUCGAAUCACCAAUACUAAAGAUAGUGAGUUCAUCCCUUUGUCAUCUCAAGCGUGGAGAUCGCUUGGGUAACAUGAAUUUUAUUACCCCUAUGUUGAACAACGUUCAGCUUGCUGUUAUUUAUAGUGGAGAACAUGUUGAUGCAUUUAGACUCUUGGCAACUCUUCCUAAACUUGAGAUUUUGCAAUUAGACUUUUAUUCAACGGUCCCAACUUUCGUAAAGAUAACUCAGCGACUCGAACAUCUCAAGGAGUUGAACUUGAUUCUAUACCGGCCAUUUGACACCCCCCAGAAAUUAGACUUUGAUCUUUCUGGGAUUUUAACCAUCCUACAAGCUUGUCCACUUUUGCAGGAACUUUCGGUCAUGCUCACAUAUCCUGAGACUAUGGAAAAUCAACAAGUUGCUAGUGAUGUGGAAGUGUUCUCUCAUGACGAGGUCAAAGUUAUUGAAUUGAGAGGUUGUGUUGGCAAUUGGUAUGAAAUUGAGUUUGCUAUGAAUGUUAUCAAAUAUGCCAACAAACUUGAGCAAAUAGUUUUGAGUCCAUAUUGGAAAGACCAUGAAUCUUUGGAUUGGAGUUCUGAACUUGUAUGGUUUCAAAGUGGGCGUCAAAAGAUUAGUGAAAAAUUUCAAAGUGAAGAUGUAGUUGGACGAGAAAAACUAUUGCUCAUAUAA